UGUGAAGAAAGGUAUAUCCUCAACCAGUUUAGAGAGCGUCGAAAGAAAAGCGAGGAAGACUAUCCACCUCGUAGCAAGAGGAGAUACCACAAGAGGGAUCAUGCAGCGGUAAAUCAAAGAUUGAUUGACGACUACUUUUCCAAUCAACCUACAUAUGAUGAUACAAUGUUUCGUCGACGAUUUCGGAUGCGGAAACAUGUCUUUCUCCGAAUUGUAGAGGACCUAUCAAGAAGUGACGAUUACUUCACUCAACGAUUUGAUGCAGCUAAUAAAGAAGGUAUAUCUCCACUAGCGAAAUGUACCACAUCCAUGCGGAUGUUAGCAUAUGGUAUGGCAGCCGAAGCAGUUGAUGAAUACAUCAAAAUUGGAGGUACAACAGCUUUGGAGUGCUUGCGUAGGUUUUGUAAGGGAAUCAUACAAUUAUACGAGCAAGUGUAUCUGAGAGCCCCAACUGAAGAUGACCUACAAAGAAUUUUGCAUGUUAGUGAAAUGCGAGGGUUCCCGGGAAUGAUUGGGAGUAUUGAUUGCAUGCACUGGGAAUGGAAAAAUUGUCCUAAAGCGUGGGAAGGACAAUUGAACGAUAUAAACGUUCUAGAUCGUUCACCAGUGUUCGGGUCAUGUAUCAUAUUGCAUAAUAUGAUUGUUGAGGAUGAACGAGAUACAUAUGCUCAACUCUGGACCGAUUAUGAUCAAUCUGAGGCAAGUGGAUCUAAUGCCCCACAACCAUUCUCGACCGAAGUGUUACCUUCAUUUGCAAAUCACGUGCGUGCUAGAUCUGAGUUGUGGGAUUCAAAUGUGCAUCACGAACUGCAAACAGAUCUAGUCAAACACAUAUGGCAAAAAUUCAGCAUGUUCCGUGGUUAG